CGCGGGAAUUCCGGAGACACACAUGUCGCAGGCCACUCACACAAGCCGCACUGCCAAGCCGCGCAGCCGUUCAGUAUUUUGCAUUUUGCCGACUUGCACUUCACAAGACGAUGGCCUCAUCGAAGCGCAUCCUUAUCACGGGUGCCAGCCGCGGCAUUGGUCUCGAGCUGACCAAGCACUACAAGGCCAAGGGAUGGCUCGUCAUCGCGGCCGUACGCAACCCCGCGACAGCAAUCGAGCUGCACAAGCUUGGUCUCGAGCGCAUUGUCGCCAUGGACGUCGUCGACGAAUUGUCUAUUGACGCAGCGGUGGCAACGAUUGGUUCCGACACGCCCAUCGAUCUCCUUCUCAACAACGCGGGAAUUCUCCUCGGGCGAUCCUUGACAGACGCGACGAAGGAAGAUCUCAUGCGCCAACUUGAAGUCAACACGGUCGGUCCGUUUCUCGUCACGAAGGCAUUUCUGCCCAACUUGAACGCUGCCGUGAAGAUGCAGGGACACGCAAUUGCCGCCUAUAUCACGUCCAAAAUGGGAAGCAUCGAAUGCAACGUCGCCGGGAGCUGUUUCGGGUACCGAGCGUCGAAGACAGGCCUUAAUAGCCUCAUCAAGUCCCUCGCGAUCGACCUCGGGCCCAAGGGUAUCUCAACGCUGCUGCUACAUCCCGGUUAUGUCCAAACUGACAUGAAUGACAUGCGCGGCGAGCUGACAGUAGCCGAGAGCAUUGCCGGUAUGACGGCUGUCCUUGAUGCUGCAAAACUUGGUGACAAUGCCAAGUACUACGACAUCGAUGGUAGUAUUUUGCCGUGGUAAGAAUCCCCGGGUACGUGAGAACACAUUGCAUGGAAAGCCACCCACUAUUAAUAGUAAAGCGUACCUUCCUUGUGAUACAGUA